UGAUAAUUAUUACUUUUGAUGAGAAGAUCCAAACAUUUUUUUAUUUAAUUAUUUAUUUUUUGUUUGGAGCGCCUCUUUACAGCAGAUGUGUCCUGAUGUUUGUGUUCCCCUCAGAUAGAUGAGCAGCUUUGAUUGAAGUGUUUGUCAUGUAAAUGCGUCCCUUUGAUGGACGAGCCUGCAGACUUGACAGAGUGCUGUGGCUUUCUUGCCAUUGGCGUUUGGCUGGUCACAUGGUGCGGUCAGGACGGUGAUAUGAGGGUGGAAGGCAGUUUGUUUGUUUUUAAAAGCUUUGACAUACUACCUAAGGUCAGGGCACAAGGAGCGACCAUUAAUGACGGCUCACCCCUGAUCAGGUCGAAAACAAAUACACCAGGCCCUGGUUACAGGAUGAACUCCUACUUAGACUAUCAGGUGUGCAGCCGGGGCGCAAAUAUAUUCAGCGCGAAAGCUGGAUAUUCUAAUUUGAAUCACGGUUAUUCGUCGGCCAGCUCUUGCGCAACAAGUGAUAGUUACGCACCGGACGCGUGUUUGGUGCCCCAUCAGGGUCCGAACGUCCCUCUGCACCACCAGCCGCACGUUAAUCUGGAUCUACAGUUUUCGGCAGCAGGAAACCCCAUGUAUGGCUCAACUCUGGAUUACGGACACCACCAAUACGGCCUUGCCCCCGACCAGGAUCGGAGCUUCAUGCAUGCACAGGUCUCCCCUCUCGGGACGAGCGCGGCUCCUUACCCCGGGGACGCCAUCGGGCCUGGCCAGUAUAUGCAGUACCCGGAUCAGAGGCAGCAGGAGUAUCCGGAGAGUGUUUAUAGGAGGCUACCACCACAAUGUAAGGAGAAGGAGCAGGGAAAUGUGGAGGAGGCUUCCAAAACUUUCGAUUGGAUGAAAGUGAAGAGGAACCCCCCUAAAACAGCCGUUCUGUCGGACUUCGGGGUUGCGGGCCAGCCCAACGCGAUCCGCACCAACUUCACCACCAAGCAGCUGACGGAGCUGGAGAAGGAGUUCCACUUUAACAAGUACCUGACGCGGGCGCGGCGGGUGGAGGUGGCGGCCAGCCUGGAGCUCAACGAGACCCAGGUGAAGAUCUGGUUCCAGAACCGCAGGAUGAAGCAGAAGAAGCGGGAGAAACUCGGCUGCGUCCUGGUCAGCAGCAGCCCACCAGAGAAACUCUCUGAAACCCCCUCCCCGAACACUAAAGUGGAAAAACCAUGAACUGUGAAGGGACUUUAGAAAGCAGUUUUCCACAUUAUGUUGCAACCAUUCCAGGGGAAGUUAAAUACCAGGACUUGUGAAUCUAACAGGGUAUGACUGGAUGCAUCUCAGUGCUUCCUAAAAAUAUUGUUUUCUUGAUUCCUUUAUGUUUACCUCCAUCAUUGCUCUAAGCUGUGUUUUGUGUUGGAGCACUGAUUUCCUCAGUGUCAUCGUUUGCACUAUUUAUUUACAGGGUAUUUUUCCAACACUUGUUCAGAUGAUUUAGCUUAAUAAAGAUAGUCAAAUAUCAAGAA